CAUCAAUUUUUCUCGGCUGCUUUCGCUUAGCUGCGGGGCUCAGGGGGAUCUCAAGUAAUCCGUUCAAGUUACCGGUAUCAAUAUGUAUUUAAACCGCUGCGCCCGGUGCGUCUUAACGCACGUAAAGCGUAUUCCAAAGGAACGAAGAAUCUACCACCUCGAUGCUGUCAGCACGAUCGGGACCGCUCAAGAUAAAAAUUCGGCCGAGUUUCAAGAAAAUUAUGGACGUAUGAAAGCACUGGUUGACAAAUUAAAGGGCACCGUGGAGGAGAUUACGAAAGGCGGUGAUGAAAAAUCUGUUCAGCGGCACACGUCAAAAGGAAAACUUAUGGUUCGAGACCGAAUAGAUACAUUACUUGACCCUGGGAGCCCAUUUUUGGAGCUUUCUCAGCUUGCAGCUUUCAACGUUUAUGGGAAGGACAAUGUUCCUGCUGCAGGCAUUGUCACAGGCAUUGGCAGGGUCUGUGGCACAGAGUGCAUGAUUCUUGGCAACGAUGCUACUGUGAAAGGUGGUACCUACUACCCACUGACAGUCAAGAAACAGCUCCGGGCACAGGAAAUUGCUCAGCAAAACAGCCUCCCUUGUAUAUACCUUGUCGACUCUGGUGGAGCCUUUCUACCAAAACAGGCUGAAGUGUUCCCAGACAUAAUGCACUUUGGUCGCUCCUUCUACAACCAGGCCAACAUGUCUGCCAAAGGUAUCCCUCAGAUUGCUGUUGUGAUGGGAAGCUGCACUGCUGGAGGGGCAUACGUGCCUGCCAUGUCGGAUGAAGCAGUGAUUGUGCGAAAGCAAGGGACCAUCUUCCUAGCAGGGCCUCCAUUGGUGAAAGCCGCAACUGGGGAAGAGAUUAGUGCAGAAGACCUGGGUGGCGCUGAUGUCCAUUGCCGGCUGUCAGGUGUAGCAGACCACUACGCCAACGAUGAGCUUCAUGCCCUGCAUAUAACACGGCGGAUUGUCAGCAACUUGAACAGGAGAAAGCCAGUUCAGAUGGUGACUGCAGAGGUUGAGGAGCCAGCUUUAGACCUGGAUGACAUAUAUGGCAUUGUGGGCGACAAUCUCAAAAAACCAUAUGACGUGCGAGAGGUUAUUGCAAGAAUAGUUGACGGAAGCAAAUUCGAUGAAUUCAAAGCUUUGUAUGGAGAGACACUUGUUACAGGCUUUGGAAGGCUAUAUGGAUUCCCCGUUGGUAUCAUUGCAAACAACGGGGUUCUGUUUUCAGAGUCAGCCCAAAAAGCUGCCCAUUUUAUAGAGCUUUGCUGCCAACGAAACAUACCCCUGAUUUUCUUGCAGAACAUCACAGGUUUCAUGGUUGGACGGGAAGCUGAAGCUGGAGGCAUCGCCAAGCAUGGUGCUAAAAUGGUCACCGCGGUAGCCUGUGCAACGGUGCCUAAAUUCACAGUGCUCAUUGGCGGUUCCUACGGUGCUGGAAACUACGGAAUGUGUGGCCGCUCCUAUUCGCCGCGAUUCCUGUACAUGUGGCCAAAUGCCCGUAUCUCUGUGAUGGGUGGUGAGCAGGCAGCCGGUGUGUUGACAACCAUUGCCAAGGAUCAGAGAGCCAGAGAGAAGAAGCCUUGGACGGAAGAAGAGGAGAAAGCCAUCAAGGAUCCCAUAAUUCAGAAGUAUGAAACUGAAGGGAACCCAUACUACGCAAGUGCCAGGAUCUGGGAUGAUGGUGUUAUAGACCCUGUGGACACAAGAAAAGUGCUGGGACUCUCGCUAAGUGCUUCUCUGAAUGCAGUGAUUCCAGCCACCCACUUUGGAGUGUUUAGAAUGUGAAGCGUCACUGCUGUCUCUUUUCUGCGUACCAGAACACAACACAGCUUUUAUGUGUAUAUAGUUCGCGUGGGCUGUGUGAAAAUAAAUGUAAGAUGAAAUUUA